AUGGAGGCCCCAGCAUCCAAACACACUCGCAAUAUCUCUAGAUCUUCACGGCCUCGUAGCACGACUAAAGGCCCUCUAGACCAGCCAGAUGACCCACUCGGCUCCGAAGCAGUGAACACGUCGGCGUCCCCGACAUCGAGUACAGCAGAGGAUGGUGGAUUUACCGGUAUAUCCUUCAAUAACCUGGACCCAUUGGAGCCCGACGAGCUACCCCCAACCCUGGAGAAGGACCUGGGGUACUUGCUCCGGUACGAUGUUUAUCACUCCCUCUCUCAAAUAGAGAUACCACAUGCCCUACGUUCUGAGUUCCUUGCCCCAACUUCAGAAGAGUCCCUCUCCACAAGCCUGGCUACCCUCGAGAGGCUUCUAGCUGAAGGACACUUUCUGCUAGCAGCGUACUUGUGUGGAACGAUUCUGUCAUCCUCUCUGAUCUCGCCUACCGACAUCAAACGAAUCUUUUCUCUUUUCUACACUCGACUGGCAUGCCUACAGUUGUCGGGAAAUACCAUCAUUGCAGCGCAAGAAUCCAAGGCGCUUGAGGAUCUUAGUUCUGCGUUCUAUUAUGUAGAACCGAUUGCCGAACCGUCCGAGAAUCACCCAAGCUAUCCUCGUCAUAUCGUACCAUGGCCCUUACGGGUCCUAGCCAUCCGGCUCCAAAGCAUUGGAUUCGGCGACUCACGCAGGGGCAUUGGCGGACUCUACGAAAUUGGCUUGGAAGCGCGAAGGGAGAUCUUGAGGCCAGACUUGGCCCCUGAGGAGCGCAAGAUAUGGAGAGGGCGACUGUCUGACCUUGGAAUGAGAAACGUGAACGCGCUGAUUGAGAUGGGAGAUUUGGAUGCUGCCAAAAGGUCACUCAGCACCUUGCGCAUGUUCGAGCCAGAUAAUGAGACCAAUAAGAUGAGAAAAGCGCUCAUUAUGCUCCUGGUUGGCGAUCUCGACGCUGCGAGGCAGGUGUGUGGCGAGGCAAGCGAUUCCGGAAACUCCGUGUUCAGUCCGCUUCUCAGUAUGGCUGAUGGUCGAUACGACGACGCAGUGGUGGAAUGGCGCGCCUUACUUGGCACCGAGAAACAAAGACCUGAUGAGACCAUGGUCUCGCAGAACUUGGCAGUGUGUUUGCUGUACACCGGUAGAUUGAAUGAGGCCCGCGAAGUUCUUGAGUCAUUGGUGCAGGCAAAUCAUUCUUUCUCAAGCCUGGUGUUCAACCUUUCCACUGUUUAUGAGCUAUGCUCUGAUGAAUCCGCCAAGCUGAAGACUGAUCUGGUAGAAACAGUGGCCAAGCAACCAGUCACUGGAGCCACCAAUCUUGAUCGGCCCAAUGGGGAUUUCAAGCUCUGA